AUGCAGUUCAAGACUCUCGUUUUCUCCGCCCUCGCGGUUGCCUCCGGCGCCCUUGCCCAGCGCUCUUGCGGUACCCCCUCUCCUUCCCAGGAGCAGAUCGAGGUUGCCGAGCGCUUCCAGCUCAAGGAAGAGAACGCUCGCGUCGCUGGCAACUCCUCUCGCCUGGCUCCCAUCACCGUCAACGUCUACUGGCACGUUGUUGCCACCUCUCAGUCUGUCAGUGGCGGGUACCUUACCCAAGCCACCCUGGACAAGCAGCUGGACGUCAUGAACGACGCCUUUGCUCCCCACGAUGUCCAGUUUGCUCAGGCUGGCGUUGACUGGACCGUCAACUCCAACUGGGCUGCUGACAGGGCUGAGCUGGCCAUGAAGCGUGCGCUCCGCAAGGGUACUUACGCCGACCUGAACGUCUACUUCAUCCCCGGCACCCCCUACCUCGGGUACGCCUAUUUCCCCCAGACUGUCACCUCCGGCUCUUCUGCCUUCUACUACGACGGUGUCGUCAUUCGCUCUGCCGCUGUCCCUGGAGGUAGCUUGACCCAGUACAACCUUGGCCACACUGCUACUCACGAGGUUGGCCACUGGCUUGGACUGUACCACACCUUCGAGGGCUACCAGUGCGGUGGUAACGGCGACUACGUCUCUGACACACCCUUCGAGGCCGAGGAGGCGUACAACUGCGAGAUCGGCCGCGACACCUGCCCCACCCUUGCUGGAACCGACCCCGUCACCAACUACAUGGACUACUCUGAUGACUCUUGCUUCACCCACUUCACUGAGGGCCAGGAGACUCGUAUUCACUCCUACUGGGACAACUACCGUGCUUCCUACCAGUAA